AUGUUGUCGGAUCAACCUCAUACAGAAGUUGCCACUCAGUCCUCUGCUUUUGGGUUGAAUGCUGUCGCUUCUGUUGCUUCUGCUGUCCCAACUACCAACCUUCAGGACGCACCUGUGGUUAAUUUCGGGGAGCUCACACGCUACAAUCGAGCUCCCGGCUCAUCCGCUUACGCGAAUGGAAAUUCAGACCUUGUGGACACUGGGGAAUUGAACGGAGAAUUAGAGAGACUCAAGGAUACCGCAUUACAAUAUCCCAUCAGACAGUCGCUUCGCGAAAGGCCAAAGAAAGGAGAGGUACUUACCAACUACUUCAAAAUUUCUAUUGAUCCACAGACUACUUUCUACGAAUAUCAAGUUCUAGGCAUCCCGGACUCAGAGUCACGGGCUGGCAAGAAGCGCUACAUGGACACCGCCAUUCGAAAUGUGCCCUUUCUUUACAGCAACAGGGAUGUCUUCGCCACUGAUAACUUCUACGUUCGCAAUGCGUACUUUGACCUUAAGACGAACGAAGGAAAUGCAGUCGCUCCACUUCGUGCCUUGCGCGGUUAUUCAUAUAGGGUUCAUUCCACUCUGGGAAAUAUCCUUCUGAAUGUCAGCCCCGCUAAUAGUGCCUUCUGGAGACCUUUGUUAGUAAGUCAAAUCUACCAGAACGGUAGCGGUCCGUUCGGCAAUUCGAAAGAUCAUGUUAAGAGAGCGCUCAGGGGCGUACGCGUGUACAUCGACUACAGCCGUGAAACCAAGGACAAGAAGUGCAAGCAUCCUAAAUGCAACGACCCAAACUGCAGCACCACCAUACCACCAGACAAAUUCAGCGCGAGAACCAGUUCUAAUAUGGACGGACAACAUGCGCGUAUCAAGACCAUUCGUGGUUUUGGUAAGGCAUGUAGCGAGCAAACCUUCUUGUGGGAACACAAGGAUGUCUAUGGCAAUAUCAUUACGGGCCAAUCAGUUCAACCUACAGUCCAAGAAUACCAGCAGAGACAGUAUGCUCGAGUGUUGCAACAUCCUGGCUUGCCUGCGGUUAAUAUCAUCCCUUGUCUCGGGGACAUGCUGAUUGAAGGGUUAUCAGAGUGGUGUCGACUCCACCGGCGCUUCCCCGAGAAUGUCCUCUAUUAUAGAGACGGUGUGAGCGAUACCCAGUACGACGAAGUUAUCACCAAAGAGCUCUCAACUAUCAAAAAUGCGUUCAUCGGAGUUGCCAAGCAGUUCAAGAAGCCUGUUCCCGAAUUCAAGACAACUGCGGUCAUCGUCACCAAGCGGCACAAUACUCGUUUCUUCCCCCGUCAAAAAGACGACGAGAUGCGUGGAAACGGCAACUGUAAACCUGGACUUCUUGUGGAAAGCUCCAUAACGUCACCAUACUACACAGACUUCUAUCUUCAAUCCCAUAACGCCAUCAAGGGGACUGCGCGAUCGUCCCACUACUUCGUUUUACAGAAUGAAAUGGGCAUCGAGAUAUCUGAUCUGGAGGACCUUACCCACAACCUAUGCCAUACAUACGUCCGGGCUACCACAGGCGUGUCUUACGCAUCUCCUGCUUAUUAUGCGGAUAGACUUGCGGAGCGGGGUCGCUGCUACUUGCGCGAAUGGUUCAAUCCCAGCAACACUAAACGCAACGCCUACGAGACCCAUUGCCAGCAGGUCGAAGCUGAUGUAGAAGCUGCACGCAAUCGUCCUCAGCGCACUGGAAACCACAAGAAGACGCCAGCAGAGAUACAAGAAGACAAGGCCGAUAGGGAACAGGUUUUGCAGCAAAUGAGAGACUACAUCUGGCCAGUCGUUGAAACUAGAUGGAACACGCCCAUCCAUGACCUCGCUGAGUCAGGCUUCAGACCGAACGCCAAGGCUAAGUAUGACCAUCUUAAGGGGACUAUGUACUGGAUGUAGGUCCGAAACAGCAACGGGUGAGAUGCGUUUGCUGGUGGAUUACGAAAAUUGCUGAUUCACAGCUGCCGACCAUUCUUCUUCGUUAUCGCUUCUUUUGUGGAUUUCCCUUAUCUCCUUACGAUCUGUGACUGCGUCGCAUCUGUCUCGUCUGCCUCUUGUUAGUCGUUGUUGCUUUCUGUUUGCUCUAGUCCUUUUGGUCUUCCUGCUGCGCAC